AUGUCUCCUAUAAUCUUCUGGGUCGCUCUUCCACAAGGACUGGAAGAAGUCCCACUCGGAUUCUGCGUCGCACUGCCUAGUAUACUAUCCACGAGACUCAUACUCGCUAUUCGAAAAAUGGCUGUCGGGAAAGAAGGGUAUGGGUGGUCCGAGGGGGAUAUGACGACUUUUGAGGUGAGACGGGAUUUGACGGUGACGACUUUUGACGUCGGAUCUGCAUCUGUGUCUGGGUCGGCGUCGGCGUCGGCGUAUGUGCCUGCGAGUUCGAGUUUGGGUGAUGGUUGUGGUUCUGGUUGUGGUUCUGGUGGAGAGCUCACGCCCACGGCGCGUGGAGACAAAUAUACCGAUGUGUAA